UACAAGCAACAAUCAAUUAUUAAAACAACAGAAAAACUUUUAACUAAUUCCAUCAAAAACUAGUAAUACAAAUGCCCGCUUCAAAUAUUCUGUUAACCCCAGAAGAGAAGCUUAGCGUUACGCUGUGGGUUAACCAGUUCGAAUUAUCUACGUCGGUGAAAAAGCUUAGUCGUGACCUAUCCGAUGGUGUGCUAGUUGCAGAGAUUUUACACCAACUGUUCCCCCGUAUGGUAGAUAUGCAUAAUUAUACUAGAGGAUUUUCUAACGCCCGGAAACUGGAUAACUGGAAUACACUCAACAGAAAAGUUUUAAAAAAGUUGGACAUUUAUUUGUCCGAUCCAAUGAUCCAAUCAGUUUCUCAUGAGGAACCUGGCACCAUAGAAGCUAUUUUGUUCGAAAUUAUGAUGAAGGUCUAUAAUUAUUGACUGGAUUUCGAAGCAAUAAGUAAACUAGAUAUACUAUAUUUGUAUUGUUACAUAUAAACUCGGCUAAAUCAGCUAUAUUUCUUUGAACUUUCUGUGGUUUUUUGUUUUCGUUGA